AUGCAAACAGCCCCAGUUCAGCUGCAGAUAAGAGAGCAGCGCCUGCGAUGGUUUCGGCAUGUGCUCCGAAGACCACAAAAUCAUCUGAUCAAGGAAGCAAUGAAGUUGGAAGCUCAGGGUAAGCGAUCACGAGGAGUCCUAGAGAAGAGAUGGCGGGACGUGAUCGAAUAG